UCGCGCUCUUGGCAUGCGCACCAAGGAUGCGCACUGCGCAUUCGGGCAAGAUGGCGGCGUCGGCGGGAGCCGGUGCUUGUGGGCGGCCGGUGUUGGUGCUGAUGGCGCUGCAGCUGCUGCUGUGGUCGACUACGUCGUCGCGGGCGGAGCGGAGUUUGGUCAAAGUUAUCACGGAUCACAACUGGAGGGAAAUGCUGCAGGGCGAAUGGAUGGUGGAGUUUUAUGCCCCCUGGUGUCCAGCCUGUCAGCAACUUCAGGCGGAGUGGAAUGCGUUUGCAGAGUGGAGUGAUGAUUUGGGUGUUAAUGUUGCCAAAGUGGACGUAACGGAGCAGCCAGGUCUGAGUGGUCGAUUCAUUAUUACAGCUCUUCCCACUAUAUACCAUUGUAAGGAUGGAGAGUUUAGAAAGUAUCAAGGUCCUAGAAUGAAGAAUGACUUUAUUGACUUCAUCGAUGGAAAGAAGUGGGAAAGCAUCGAACCAAUGUAUUCAUGGUUACAACCAUCCUCCUUUUUAAUGACCAGCAUGUCAGCACUAUUCCAGCUGUCUAUGUGGAUCCGUCACUGUCAUAAUUACUUCACUGAAGAUAUUGGCAUACCUGUUUGGGGAUCGUACACCAUUUUUGCUUUGAUGACUCUGUUUUCUGGUCUGGUGCUUGGAUUGAUUCUGGUCUUUGUGGCAGACUAUGUACUACCAUCGCGAAGAUACAAACAUCAACCUCAUUGCUCUGAAAGGAAAAUGCCAGGAAGCAAGCUGUUGCAGUCGAAAGAUGGACAUUUGCAAGAUGAGGCUAAUGAAGAUGAUCAUUGUUCUCAUGAAAGGAAGAGCAGCAGUAAAAGAUUGGAGAAGACUCUGGUGAAAGAUGAUGGGGAUCAUAUACAGGACACCGUAAGAAAACGUACCUUGGAAUACACCAGCAGAACUGAUGAUUCCUGAUUCUAGGACAGAGUGACAUGAAAGGUGACUAAAACUAUGGUCCUUCCGAAAGGCAUUGAACUGUUUAGUAAUGGAUUUAUGGAAGAAGACAACUAUAUUUUGGAGUACGGGGUCACCUCUGUCGGUAGCUGUGUCAUACUGCAUUUACUUUUGUUCUCUUGGGCUUUGUUGCAAAAUUACAAAGCUUUAAUAUUAAACCUUGCAUGCUCCUUUAAAUCUUCCAAACCUCUGGGUCUAUAAUUAAAAUGUCAUUAGGUCCUUUGUACGUUUUUGAUGGAAGUCGAAGCGUAGCAUUUACUAAACAAGAUACUGUGGCACUAUCCAUGACCCAGGUUCUGAAAAUUCCAAUAUUCCAAACUGUUUGCAAAACAUUUGCUUGAAAGUAACACGUGUGCAUACAGCGGCUAAUUUGUGCAGAAUGCCGUAAAAGAUGUUGUAUUUUUGGUCUGCCAAUUGUUCUUUAUUCCUCUUUCCACUUGUCUUGCACUCAUUUUAAUAUUUUUGAUAUCCUAGGUUUCUUGUUCCUGCUCAUCCCUCAUUGCCUGCACCAGAAUUUCGAUUUCGAGGUUACUUAAAUGUGGUGUUAUUUUAAGUCCUUUCCAUAAUGAAAAUGUGUGUAUGCUUACCAAACUAUUCAUUUACAAGAAUAUAUACGUAUCUAAAUGUAAUAACAAACAGCUCAUCUAAUCCCAAUUGUGUAGUUUAACAAUCAAAUGAAAAUAAUCAUUGGAGCUUAAAUUAAAUACAUUCUCUGGUUUCCCCCUUUCAUAUUAGUUUGAAGGACAGGAACUUAUUUUUCUAAAAAUAUUUGAUGUUGAAAUGCAUAGAUCAAGGUAGCCUUUACUGUGCUAGAAGUCAUGAUAAUGGACUUUGAUUUCACUAUCCCCUUGGGAAUGGAGGAGAAACAUUGUGGGAUUACUACCCUGGGGUAAUAAAUGUGGAGAAGCUUUUUACUUGACUGUUCAGGAUCAGUUAUGAUCAAUGGGCACAAAUUGUUGAAAGACUGGAGCUUGAACCAAUAUGCCUCACUGAGUGUGCUCACUUGAUCUGGUAAAAAGUUUUAUCAUUUAAUCAGACGAAAAUGUUUAAAGACCAAGUAUUUCAUCAUUUUUUAAAAUUAUUUAGCUUCUCAUUUGGACACUUUUUAGUUUUCAAAAUACUUUGCAAUGUGAGGAUGGUGUGCAUUUUCAUUUAAUGGUAAGGAUUUAUUUUACAUGGAGAGAAAUUAGUUUACAAAGUUUUUUGUGUACAAAAAAUGUUUAAUUGUGGAUAUCCUAUUUUGCAUAUUUGUGGAUUAUCCUUAAAAUAUUCUAUUUUGCAUUGAAGUGCUAUAUUUAAAUCUGGUUUGAAACUUUCAAUUUUAUGAUAAAAAUUCUGCAUGCUAAUGAGAGCCAUUGCUUUGUGGACAGGUUUUACAAGUACAAAUUACACUUACAGUUGUAUGGACCAUGCACCUCUGCAUGAAAUGUUGAAUUUUACACUGUACCUUUGCUAUUAUAUGCCUGCGUAUAUGGCCACAGAUAAAUAUAGCUGCCAAAGACGGGUACAAGCCUUUUAAUUUAUUUUGUUUCUUUUUUGAUGGAACUGGAAUAACAAAUUCUAAUGUCCACUAAUUACCAAGUUUGAGAACAUGUCCAAACACAUUUUUGGCUUCUAGUAUUUUGAGUAGGGGUGGGGAGAAUGUUUCGAAACGGAAUUAAAGAAAAUCUGUAAAUAGUUUUGUUCUAGAGAAAUUGUACAUUUGUAGAUGAUGCCUAACACAAAAUAUGAUGUUGAGUUGACUUGCCUUUUUCCUAACCUGUUUGUUUUGAGAUUGUAAGUUAUUUUUGUCCAUAAUUCAUAUAAAGCCAUUUCUUUCAAUGGUUUAUUUUGCUCUACUUUUUAAAUCUGUAUGUAAAAGAUUGUACAACUAUGAAUACAAAUUAUUUCUUAAUUACUGUGGUCAAAUUGUAGUGCCUCAUUGUCCUGGAAAAUCUACUGGCACAAUGUGUAUUUUUAAUCCAAUUUAAAUUAUAAAAUAUUAUGACAUGCCCAAGGUCCUUUGGUGAGGUCUAAACACGAUAAUAUUUGCAACCAUUUGGUCCAAAGUAAUUUACAGUGAUGAAGUUCACAAAAUGGAUCUUUGAUUGGUCUGGCAAGAAUAACCUCUGAAAAGAUGUGUCCCUUCUUGAAGAAAAAUGCAUAUACGUUAGAAUCUGUGGGUCAUUCACUUUCAAAAUAUGUUUAAACCUAAAUGCCAGGCUAAGAAUAAACUCAUAUGUAUUGGCUGUUGAAUAGCCUGCCCUCUGUAUCCUCAGUGAGAUGGAAAGUGCUGAUGUUGUGAUAUUAGCUACUGCCACAACUGCUGUGUUGAAUAAUGAACUUAGAGGCUUUGCUUAUUGAGGUUAUCAGGGGGAACCUACAUUUACUGUUAACGCAUUUUGGUUUGGCAAAAUAUACAAGUUAAAUCUAAAGUUUGUAAGUAAAAAUGACUUACAAAAAUGUACUUACAAAAAAACAUAUUUUUGUCUUAACAUAUUAUAACGUCUAUAAUAUGCUUUGUGGUCUUCAUAAUAUUUUUGAGACUGCGGCCAGUUUCACAUGCUAUGCUGUAUACUGCUUCUGCAGCCUGUCCUUUAAGUUAUGGGGUACAUACUCUGCCCCUAGUUUUAUGGAAGAAAGUGUAGACACUGCCUUGGUUCAAUAUUUAACUUUUCACAUAAACACCUUGUAAAUCCUAGUCUACCAUGAAUCAGUCGGUAUUUACGGGGAGAACUGAACAAUGCUUCCAGUCAAGAUCUUCUGUCAGAAUUGGAACAAAGUAUUUUGAAACUUGGAACAGAAUAUGGGAGAAGAGAGAGGUGCAAGCAUUAUUUGACAAGAUGCUAAAUGGGAAAAUUAAUUUAAACUCAUUUCAAGGGCUAUUGAACAGAGACAAUUGGAAGCAGGGUGGGAGAAAUAAAACAUUUUGCAAGUGCAUGAAAAGCGAGAGGGGUUUAGAGGAGGAAAAAAAACAAACUGACAGAAUGAAACAUGCUGCACAUUUCGGGGGCUUGAGAAAAUAA